AUGCGGGUAUUCAUAAGCCUGCUACUACUGUCUUCGUUGCUCGUAGAAGCCGACGAACAUGAUCAUUUAUACGAAGUGGACGAAGAAGUCGUGCUAUGGAUGAACACGGUUGGCCCGUAUUCCAACCGACAAGAGACUUACACCUACUUCUCUCUUCCAUUCUGCAAAGGAGAUAAGAAGGAGAUUGGACAUUACCAUGAAACGAUGGGAGAGUCGUUGCUUGGUGUAGAACUCGAAUUCUCCGGACUCGAUAUCAAGUUCCGAACAAACACAAAGAAAACAGUGGUGUGUCAGAAGAAGCUAACCGAAACUGACUACAAGACUCUUUUGUACGCGAUUCAAAAUAGCUACUACUAUCAAAUGUACCUUGAUGAUAUGCCCAUUUGGGGAAUGGUAGGAGAAAUCGAUAACAGUGUCAGCCCGCCGACAUACAAGCUCUACACACAUAAACGUCUUGAUAUCGGUUACAACGACAAGCAAGUUGUUGAUAUUAAUCUGACCACUGAUGGAAGAGUGGACAUUCGACCUGGUGCUGAGCUCACAUUCACCUACGAAGUACAAUGGACCAAGUCAGAAAUUGAUUUCACAAAGAGAUUCGACAAGUAUCUAGAUCCAAGCUUCUUCCAACAUAGAAUUCAUUGGUUCUCGAUCUUCAACAGUUUCAUGAUGGUAGUUUUCCUCGUUGGUUUGGUAUGGAUGAUUCUCGUUCGCACGCUGAGAAAAGAUUAUGCUCGCUACCAAAAGGAAGAUAGCCUGGACGAUCUUGAUGCAGAUCUUGGCGAUGAAUAUGGAUGGAAGCAAGUUCAUGGAGAUGUUUUCCGGCCGCCAUCUCUUCCAUUAUUGUUCUCCUCCUGUAUUGGUGCAGGAUAUCAUGUGUUUACGGUCGCAGUCAUCACAACUAUUCUCGCAAUCGUUGGAGAAUUUUAUACAGAACGUGGAUCGCUUCUCUCUGCUGCUAUUUUCGUUUACGCCGCAUGCUCUCCAGUCAAUGGUUAUGCAGGUGGUUCGAUGUAUGCUCGUUUUGGUGGACGUCACUGGAUCAAACAAAUGCUACUCGGAGCAUUCCUUCUACCAAGCAUGGUCUGCGGAGUUGCAUUCCUGAUCAACUUCAUUGCCAUUUACUACCACGCAUCUCGUGCAAUUCCAUUCACGAUCAUGCUCGCUGUUACGGCGAUCUGCUUGUUCGUAAUUCUUCCAUUAACCCUUGUUGGAACAGUUAUUGGAAGAAAUAUGGCUGGAACGGCCGACUAUCCAUGCAGAGUGAACGCAGUGCCACGACCGAUUCCAGACAAGAAGUGGUUCGUUCAGCCAUGGCUAAUUACAUUGGCUGGCGGAGUUCUUCCAUUUGGAUCCAUUUUCAUCGAGAUGUAUUUCAUUUUCACAUCAUUCUGGGCCUACAAAAUCUACUACGUUUAUGGAUUCAUGCUCCUGGUUACGAUUAUUCUAUCUAUCGUCACUGUCUGCGUUACCAUUGUGUGCUCCUACUUCCUUCUGAAUGCAGAGGAUUACCGAUGGAGAUGGACCAGCUUUGCUUGCGGAGCUUCAACGUCCUUCUAUGUCUACAUGUAUUCAAUGUACUAUUUCUUCUUCAAGACGAAAAUGUAUGGUCUUUUCCAAACAGUAUUCUAUUUUGGUUACAUGGGAAUUUUCGCCGCCGCUCUUGGUCUGAUGACUGGCACAAUCGGAUAUGUUGGAACAGCGAAGUUCGUUCGAAAAAUCUAUCAAACAGUCAAGAUUGAUUAA